UGGACGCGACAAAACUUUACUUUCUUUAAAAGCUAGUUUUAAGCCGCAAUUUUAAGUUAAACCGUUUAAAAAUGGUUGUUUUAACUAGAUAUUUUUAACCGGACGAAAGAUAGCUAAAUCAACAAACUAUAUUUAGGUAACUAAAUUAAGAUUUGUUUUAUUAUAUUACUAAUAUACAGUAAUUCCUACUGUGCUGCUCAUCUCCUGUGUGGUUUUUGCGUUAAAACUUCAACACGUUUUGUCUGAGUGUUUUAUUUUGACAGGUCGUCCCGGUAGUGUCACCGUGUGGUUGUAUCCGACUUGACUUCGCUCGUAUUUCAUUGGGAGUGUGUGGCCGCCGCUCUCAGCCUGAAGGAAGGAAGGUUUUGUGGAAACUUGAGGACAUGCGGCGUCUCCUACAAACUUUGCUCAAACCGAACUUUCUCCGAGCCGAAGAAAGACCCGAAGCGUGAAGAAUGAACUGAACCCGAAGCGGAGAGGAAGAGGAAGAGGGAGAGGAGGGGGGGGAGGAGAAGAGCCGUUCACUCCCAUUGAUCCUGUAUCGAGGGCUCCUGUAGUAAAGAUGCAGCCUGCCGCUCUGGCUCUGGCUGUGCUGAGUGUUUUCUCCAGCCUGGACUGCCUGUGUGCCCACAGGUCCAAACCAAACCACACUCAGCACCAGAACGACGAGACGGGACCGAAGCAGAGGAACCAGCCGCACAUUAUAUUCAUCCUCACGGACGACCAGGGCUUCAAUGACAUCGGCUACCACAACCCGACCAUCAAGACUCCCACUCUGGACAAACUGGCAGCGGAGGGCGUGACGCUGGAGAAUUAUUAUGUUCAGCCGAUCUGCACGCCGUCACGCAGCCAGCUCAUCACCGGCAGAUAUCAGAUCCACACAGGACUACAGCACUCCAUUAUCAGACCCAGCCAGCCGAGCUGUCUGCCUUCACACAUGGACACGCUGCCGGAGAGGCUCAGAGAGGCCGGAUACACCACGCACAUGGUCGGAAAGUGGCACCUGGGCUUCUACAGGAGAGCAUGCCUGCCCACCAGGAAGGGUUUUGACAGCUUCUUUGGCUCUUUAACAGGAAGUGUGGAUUACUACAGUUACGGGUCCUGUGACGGCCCGGGGUUGUGCGGGUACGAUCUCCACGAUGACGAGGGCGUUGCGUGGGGCCAGGAGGGAAAAUACUCCACCAUGCUCUUCACACAGAGAGCUCGCAAGAUCCUGGAGAGUCACGACCCCGCGGGCAGGCCGCUCUUCCUGCUGCUCUCCCUCCAGGCGGUCCACACUCCUCUACAGCCUCCGAAGCCCUACAUCUACCCUUACCGCGACAUGGCGAACGUUGCCAGGAGAAAGUUCGCCGCCAUGGUUUCCACGGUGGACGAGGCGGUUCGAAACGUCACCUACGCCCUCAGGAAGUACGGAUACUACAAGAACAGUGUCAUCAUUUACUCCACCGACAACGGCGCCCAGCCAUUCACGGGAGGAAGCAACUGGCCGCUACGAGGCCGCAAGGGCACAUAUUGGGAGGGUGGAGUCCGUGGCGUGGCGUUUGUACACAGUCCUCUGCUGAGACGCAGGAGGCGAGUCUCCAAAGCUCUUCUCCACAUCACUGACUGGUUCCCAACACUGGUCGGACUCGCCGGGGGAAACAUCAGCCAGAGUCAGGGCCUGGAUGGUUUCGACGUCUGGCCCGCCAUCAGCGAGGGGAAAGAGUCACCUCGGCAGGAGAUCCUCCACAACAUCGACCCCCUGCACAAGUCUCCUUCUCAAACCACGACCUGGGACGAGGGCUCAGAGGAAGCUUCAGUCCACACAUCAAAAGGCCCGGCAUUUAAGAAGCCAAAGAAGAAGAAGGUCCUGAAGCAGCAACCAAAGCAGAAGUCAGGGUUCAAGUUGAAAACCACCAAGAAACCUUGGACAUUUUCUCAUCAUGCUGCUAAACCUAAACCGAACAAGCCCCUUCCCAAACUGAAGCACAAGCCCCUCCCGAAAUCAAAGCCCAUACCCAAACCCAAGACCAAAGCCUACUCUCAGCAUCAGUCCCCGUCCCGUUACAGGCCAGGAACGUCCCGUCCCAAACCUCAGCCUCAGGUCCAGUCGCGUUUAGGGUCAAAGUCCAGACGGACCACGUCCCAGAAGCAGCACUUGUCACGGCUGGUGUCACCUCGGCCAAAAUCCAAGACGCAGCUCAGGUUACAUUUAAAGUCAAUAUCCAGGAGGAUGUUACCCCAGUACCAGAACACGUCCCUGCCACAGACGUCCCAUCCAAUGCCGUCCCAGCCACUGUGGGACACGUCAGUCCAGGCUGCCAUCAGAGUUGGAGACUGGAAGCUGCUAACAGGAGACCCAGGCCACGGAGACUGGGUCCCCCCACAGGUACUCCCCACUCUCCCGGGUCGCUGGUGGAACCUCGAACGUUCCAUCUCCUCCUCCCACAAUUCCCCCACCCACAAAAACAUCUGGCUGUUCAACAUCACGGGCGACCCGUACGAGCGGCAGGACCUGGCGGACAAGAGGCCGGACGUGGUCGAGCGGCUGCUGGCCCGGCUCGCUUACUACAACCAAACCGCCGUGCCGGUUUACUUCCCCCCUGACGACCCUCGGGCCAAUCCGAGCCAGCACGGCGGCGCCUGGGUGCCCUGGGUGGACGAGGGGGAGGACGAGGAGGGGAAAUACGAAGGGGUGUACAAGAAAGGUAAGAACAACAAGAAGAAGAGGAAGAAGAAGAGGUGCCGGCUGUGCAAGCUGAAGGCGUUCUUUCUUAAACUGAACACCAGGAUGAUGUCCAAUCGGAUCUGAGGCGUCGUCUCAGAUUUUCAGCCAUGAGAUGAACGUGUCAAAGACUUGAGUGUGUUGUUUUUACAUCCUUUGCGUCCUCAAACCGGUGAAAAAAAGGUAACCAGGUGAGUUAACUCCACUACUUUCAGCUGAAGUAAACGUCUUUCUAGAACUCUCUCAAACAUGUCCAUUCACUGGCUUCACUCUUCUACUUGUUCCUCCAAAAACAGAUCAUUUUUUUAAUUUUCAGAAACAUGUCAUUAAAUCAUGCCUUUUUAGAGUGCAGGCAAAUACAGACAUUAUACACACACACAUGCAGCACAUGUACUGUCAAAUAUCUCUGAGAUUAGGGAUCUGAGGUGACACUGACUGUCCAGCUGGACUGUAAAGACCUCAGGUAUAAGACUUCUUUUCACUGAAAUUUAAAAGGUCGGUCCACUCAAUUCACAAAAACAUAUUUUUAACUACACUUUGAAAGUUUCUCAGUCUUCUGCUGUCGCCCCAACAUGAUGGAGGUGAACAGAGAUUAGCUUGUGGGGCUCAAAAUGUCGAGAAAUGAUGGGAAAACUCAACAGCUUUAAGUCUUUCUAGGAGCAGAUUCUAGGAUGAAAACACUGAUGAUAGUGAGGUCUGAUUUGGGACAUUGUCUCCAAGUGAAAUUGAAAAUAUCUGCAUGACUACACACAGCUAGGGUUUUGCGUUUUGGGUGAACUGACCCUUUAAAUUACACCAGGAUGCUGGAGGUGGUUCUCUAACCCCUUGUUCUCAAAGGUUUUCGACUGCUGUUCGUUUCACUGUGUCAACAGUUUUUAAAUCGCUCACAGACCGACUGAGUUCUUGACACGAGGACUGACUCUGUGCGACAGUUAAAUGUAUAUUGACACUGUAAAUGAUUUAAUUAUGUUAAACUUUAAACAGAUUUUUCUGUGUUUAUCGUGAUGGUGCAUGAUUAUGAUUAUUAUAUAUCACUUUGUUGUUUUCUUUUGUCUUUGUUUGCUCUGCCAUACUCAAGAAAACAUUACAAAGGAGUUUUUAAUAUAUAUUUUUUAUAUUUUCACUUUUUCAGUUCCACAUCCGAGUGACUUCAGAUGUUUUUUUCUAUUAUUUGUUUUCAGAAAUUAUAAUGUGUUGGUUCUCUUUACAUGUUCCUUUGGCUGAAACAGGCCUUUGGAUACUGUGGUUGUUUGAAUGUACUGCCACUGGCAAGCAUCUUUUAUGACUAUGAAUUUACAGUACAUGUUUUUAAUUCACUACAUCCUACUGUGAGCAGCAGAAACUGUCAUUUCAACAUAACGAAUUAUUACAAGAUGAACACAACAUCGUUAUUUUUUAAUGUUUUUAAGCAUUUUCAAGGCAUCAAGUGACAAAAUCCUGCAAUAAUCAGCCAUAUUUUUGAAGAAAAGUUGAGUUAUUUAAACUUAUUGGCUGAAGUUUUCAUUUGUUUUGAAGGAAUUAUCAGGGGAAAUGGAUCAGUACCUGAACUCAGUGAAGUAAAAUGAUGGUAAAUAUUUCAGGAAACUCUCUGACACAAAAUGAAUCUUCAAUCCAGUGAAAACAUAUAUCUAAAUAAAGUUCAUGUACUCAGAAAACAGAGAGGAGGAGGUAAAACGUGUCACAGUUUCACCGUCACAAGCAACAUCUUUGAAGUGAGAUGUUGGUUUUCUCCACUUGAGCACGACACCUAACCUCUAAAUAUUUUUGUGUAUUUGCUCAAUAUCUAACAAACCACGUCUGUGGCUGUUCUGCGACAGUGCACGGCAGUGUGAGCGUGGAGCAGAGCACUCCCCGAGAAACACUUUAAAUGGAUGCUUGAUUUCUCCACCCUGAGUAAAUAAAGGUAAAAUAAAAUCAA